AUGGAGAGAAUGUUAGACACGUGGAAGAUCUCCAGAAAGCUUUUUGACGAGAUCCAGAAGCCCGGGUCUUUUCCAAACUUUUCAUUCUUCGAAUCAGGCCAAACCUUGCAUAUCGGUUUCAGAUGGUCGUCAACGCCAGGAUCUUAUCUUAUAUUUCUUGGCUCAAUGUUUCCCGUCAACACUUCCCGCUAUAAUGCCCUUAGCCACCCCAUUGACCAAUUCCGCGGAGUAUUUUCCCAUCGGGGCGUUCUUACACCCACGUGGAACGAAGAUGUGAUGAAGAGCGGAGAAAACACUUUUGGCCGUCGGGAAGGCACACCGUUAAGAUUGCCUGUCAUGAUGCUGAACCAGUGUGAGAAACAUCUCGAGAGCUCCAUUCAGCGGCAGGCUGAGAAGGUCGAGGAGAUACAAGACCUUCUAUCCUAUACUCUGGGGGCAAAAUAUCCUAGCUCUGCCAGACUGCACGCUCAACACAGAGAUCUUACCACUUCAAUCUUCACGCUGAGGAACUCCUGUCGUAACCUCAUGGAGAUUUGUUCUGGGUUAGUUUCGGCUUCUGAGGCUUUCAACUCCCCGAAAUACGCCGCUGAUGACCACCUGAGAAGAUUGAAGGUUCUGCGCGACGGCAUCGAGAAAAUACACGCCCGGCUGAAGUUUCACCUCAACCGGAUCCAUUACCUCGAGAACAUACACAUUCAAUCGACGAAGAGCAUGGCUGCAUUGAAGCAACUAAUGUUCUCCAAUUAA